AAUUUGCCAAAUGGUCACACACGAGCAAUGAAUGCCUGAGAGAAGAAUAAUAAAGAAAAAGCAUUUAUAAUGUCUUUAAAAUGAGAUCUAUAUCGCUUGUUCAGAAAGUUGAAAUAGACUUUAAAGGAACCGUGUUUCAAAAUGCUGUAGCUUUAGUUGAUGUUGACAAUGAUGGGCACAAUGAACUUUGUGUUAGCAACACAAAUGGCGAUUUGCAUAUUUACAAAGGUAUCCAAUCGAAACAAGUUUGGCAAGCUAAAGGUCUUGGUUCUGUAAUGGUUUUAUGCGGUGGCUGUUUGCGAGACUCAGAUGAAGUUGUAUUAAUAACUUUAGAUAGGGAAGGUCGAUGUCACAUGUUCGAUGCACCUAAUCAAAUAAAUAAGACAGCAAAAGAGUGCCUUUUACCAAAAGAUUCGUCUGAGAUAACAACUGACUUACGUAUACUAAGCAUCGAAAAAUUAGCAAGUAAUGCGAAAGUUGCUAUUGUGGAAGAUAUUGAUGACGACGGAGUUGCCGAACUUAUUAUUGGGUCAACAGAUCGGUUUGUACGUAUAUACAAAUGGAGUAUUGACAAUGAUAAUGCAUCUCCAAUCGGUUUUAGCGCAUUUAAAGAUUCGUACGUCGACAAAGAGGAAAGAUUGCGAUCAAGCAGUAUUUCUAUCAAAGAUCCAAGAGAAUUGAAUGCUGCUCCAUGCCCUCCUAUGACUACUAAACAAUUUAACCAAGAGACCAAAUCUUUUUUUCUCCCGGGUCAAUCUUCUCGGGCUUGUCACACUGCAAUUGGUCAUUUUGUUUUAGUAAAAGAGUUUUCUUUGUUUGCUCAAGUUGGCUCUAUUGCUGUUUGCAGAACGGACGGAUUGAACCAGGUUAUUGCAUCACAACCAAAUGGUGGUUAUUGUAUUUUGGGCGGAUUUAACGGACAAAAUGAGUGUGCUGAUUCCCCGGAUUCUCCUGUUAUUAUGGAAUCCUGUUCGUUGACCAAACAAGAGUCUUAUCCAACAUUUUAUCCCAUUAGACCAAAAUCUACUCAACUUAAUCACACGGGUACAGAGGUUAUUGGCGGGAUUAAACGUCAAGGUAACACUAGCGGAGUUUUAGCUAUAUGCACUGAAGAUGGCUAUUUUGCUAUUCUUGACAACUCAGUUCAAUCAAAUAAGCAUACCGUAAAAAGAAGAUCUCAGCACCAAUGGCUGACUAUGUCUAAACUUGAUGUAACCCGAAAUGGAGAUGAAGAGGUCAUUUUAUGUGCUACCAGCGGGGUUACUUACGUUAUUGAUAAGUUCCGAGAUAUAGUUUGCUUUGAAUUUAGUGAAAACGUUGCUGCAUUUUGCGCUGGAAGUUAUGCAACCGACGUAAACAUAUCAAAACCUUGUUUUUGCUAUGUUACAUUGAGUGGUCGUAUUUUUUUAUAUUACGACGUGCUGGUUGACACUAUGAAAGUAAAAUGUGUCCACGAGGCUUUAAUCAAUAAAAUUCAACAAAAACCUGAACUAGCAUACCUUUUAGACUCUCUAAAGUUGCCUAACGGUGAAAUUGACCAUAACAAAGUUCAAAAUUUAGUAAAAAAUUUAUGGUCAGAAAAACUUGACUUGAUUUAAA